AUGCGUUUGAAUCACGUCGUAUUGGCAACUGCUGUCGCUCUGUAUGCAAGCAGCGACCUCAUUGUGGCUGAGACCACUCGCGAUCUGUUGUCCUUUGACAACUUUAAAGAGGAGCGUGCUGCUACGAAGACCGCGACUAAGACUGUAGCUUCCACGUCGGGUUCGGACAGUGACUCUGGUGUCACCCAGGUGCAAAACCAUAACUCAGUAGAGGAAGAUGCUUCGGGCAGUAGUGGCAGUUCAUCUCUCGCAGCUACCAAAACCACCAAGGCUACCAAGGUCACCAAGGCUCCGGCGACGAAAAAGAAACAUGCAGUCCUUGCCGCGUCAGGUUCCAGCGGAGAGGACAGUGGAUCGGACGACUUGUUCUCUUUGAGCGGUAGCGAGCUGGACGCAUUGCUGAGUUCACUGGGUGGCAGUGAGCUAGGCGACUGGAGUGGCAGUGGUUUUGAUGACUUGUUGCUCUCUAUGAGCGACAGCGGACUAGAUGACUUGCUGCUUUCGUUGAGCGACAGCGACUCUGGUAGUGACGAGUCUACCGCCGAUACCGAUGAGAGGAAGAAAUUUACGUUGAAGAGGAAGAAAAAGUCGAAGACCAAGACUUCUGCUUCGGGAUCCAGCGCGUCGGGCAGUGACAUGAGCGGUUCGCUUGAAAGUGACAGCGCGUCGGGCAGUGACAUGAGCGGUUCGCUUGAAAGUGACAGCGCGUCUGACAGUGAGCUGGGUGACCUGUUCGCCGAUCUGUUCUCGAGUGACAGCACUUCUGCCAGUGGCUCGGACGACCUGCUGUCUAGCGACAGCGCAUCUGGCAAUGAUUUGGAUGACCUGUUCUCCAGCAGUGAUCUCAGUGACCUACUCUCGAGUGAUAGCACGUCUGGCAGUGGCUUGGAUGACUUGAUUUCAAGCGACAGCGCCUCUGGCAGCUUGGAUGACUUGUUUGCCGACCUAUUUUCGGACGCUUCGGGGUCGAGUGGUGAUGGAAGUGACUUGAGCGAUUUGCUGUCUUCCAGCUCAAGCGACAGCAGCUCGGGUAGCGGGGUUUCCACGAAAAAGAAGACGAACGGAAACGACGAGAUUGAAUCCUGCAAUGGAGGCUGGUGGGGCCACAUGAAAUCGUGGUGGAAGAAUACUUUUGGCAACGGGGACAACUCGGCCUGCUCCCUGCGUUCUGGUUGAGAUCAAAAGUGCGAUCAUACGGCGUGUAAGCAUGAAUUUAUACAUGCAUCUUUGCAAUUGACGGUUUUCAUUUCGCGAGAUGGCAAUAGUACCGUAGAGACUUCCGGUAUUGUCGUGGGACAAAUAUUACUAAUUUUGCAUAGUACUGUCUAUUAUGAAAAAUAUAAGUCCUCAGCACAAUACUAA